CCUGCGCCCGCCGCUCUCGCCGUCUGUCCGUCCAUCCCUCCCGCCGUCCUCCCGCGCUCUGGUGAGUCCAGGUCCCAACCGCGGGCGCCGCAGGGAGGAGAGGGACGCGGGCAGCCUGUGCAACUUUGCACCGGGCGACACCCUGAGGGUUCUCGGGACCCCGGGGGCCCCCUUUGUGCCUCGGGUCCCUUCUGCUCGGGGCCGCGCGGUGCCGCUGCAGAGAGCCACAAGAGGAGAUCGCUGUGGUAACCCGGGCAGCUUCACCCCGGGGGACCCAAGUCGCUCUCGCCUGGCUCUGGUGCAGGGAUUGUUCUUUUCAUUGGCCCUUGCGCUGGCGUUACGCUUGCUGCUACCUCGGAUGGUCCCGGAGGCGGGGAUGGGUUGUGCCGAGGCUCCUAGGAGCUGCCAGGGAGGGGCGAAGGCAUGGUGAUAGCUACAUUAGUAACCAGAACAAUAACAAACGUGAAGGGGUUGCGGUGUAGUGUCGCUACCCUAGGAGAGCCCCUGGCCCAUCAUCCCCGCGGCGCCUAGGCUGCCCGUCCAGCCUCGGCUCCUCCUCCCGGCGCUGUCCGGUUUCCCGGGAUUGUCCAUGUCUUAGGGAAGGCUUCUUUCCGGACCUUCUCAGUUGGCCGUGACUUUCAUCUGCAGGUGGAAAUUAUAAAUAUUUGACCUUACUCAAAAUGUACAAAGAAGAAUAAUGGAAGCCCCUGAAUACCUUGAUUUGGAUGAAAUCGACUUUACUGAUGACAUUUCUUAUUCAGUCACAUCUCUCAAGACCAUCCCAGCAUUGUGCAGAAGAUGUGACUCACAAAACGAAGACAGAUCAGUUUCUAGCUCUGGCUGGAACUGUGGUGUCUCCACUCUCAUUACAAACCCACAAAAGCCCACUGGAAUCGCGGAUGUAUACAGUAAGUUCCGCCCGGUGAAGCGAGUUUCUCCACUCAAGCAUCAGCCAGAGACUCUGGAGAACAACGAAAAUGAGGACCAAAAGAACAAUACAGUGGAAUACCAGAAACGGGGGGAGCCUGACCAGGGCCCCCAGUCUGAGGCGCUCAAUCCUGAAGAUGGAGUCGGGGGGUUGCCAGGCAAGGGCUCAGAGCCCAGCCAGGCUCUGGGUGAGCUGGAACAUUAUGACCUUGACAUGGAUGAGAUUCUGGAUGUGCCUUACAUUAAAUCCAGUCAGCAGCUGGCCCCUCUCACCAAGGUGACUUCAGAGAAAAGGAUUCUGGGUUUAUGCACAACCAUCAAUGGCCUCUCUGCCAAAACCUGCCCUAUCGCAAGCACUGAGAACUCCACACCCAACAUGACUCCAUUUUGUGUUCUUUCUCCUGUGAAAAGUCCUCACUUACGGAAAGCACCGACUGCUCUCCAGAGCCAGCACAUGUUCUCUACAGAAGAAUCUGAGAGCUCGCCUCCUCUGGGUAAAUGUGGCCCUGCAUAUGAAUCAGAAAACCACAGUAAAGACUUCUUAAACAAAGUUUUUAGCGAUCCCCAUAGUCGGAAAGUGGAGAAGUCUGGGCCAGACUGCAAGCUCAGGUCCUUCCACCUGCAAUCUUCAGCAGCAGGAGCCAAAACAGAGGAGCCGAUCAAUGGCAUGAACUGGACCAAUGCCCAAGGCACAGAAGAAAGAACUGAAUACCUGAAGAAAGUUAGAAGCAUACUGAACAUUGUCAACGAAGGACAGAUAUCGCUCUUGCCGCACCUAGCUGCAGACAACCUGGACAAAAUCCAUGACGAGAACGGAAACAAUCUGUUACACGUCGCUGCAUCAAAGGGCCAUGCGGAAUGCCUGCAGCACCUCACGUCACUGAUGGGCGAAGACUGUCUGAAUGAACGGAACACAGAGCAGCUGACUCCAGCAGGCCUGGCCAUCAAGAAUGGCCAGCUGGAGUGUGUUCGCUGGAUGGUGAGUGAGACAGAAGCCAUUGCAGAAUUGAGUUGUUCCAAGGAUUUCCCAAGCCUUAUUCAUUACGCAGGUUGCUAUGGGCAGGAAAAGAUCCUUCUGUGGCUUCUUCAGUUCAUGCAAGAACAAGGCAUCUCAUUGGAUGAAGUGGACCGGGAAGGCAACAGUGCUGUUCAUGUCGCCUCACAACAUGGCUACCUUGGAUGCAUUCAGACCCUGGUGGAGUACGGAGCGAAUGUCACAAUGCAGAACCACGCUGGGGAAAAGCCCUCCCAGAGUGCUGAGCGGCACGGCCACACCCUAUGCUCCCGGUACCUCGUGGUGGUAGAGACCUGCAUGUCACUGGCCUCACAAGUGGUAAAGUUGACCAAGCAGCUAAAGGAGCAGACAGUGGAGCGUGUCACACUGCAGAGUCAACUCCAACAACUUCUAGAAGCCCAGAAAUCAGAGGGCAAGUCACUCCCUUCUUCACCCAGUUCACCCUCCUCACCAGCUUCUAGAAAGUCCCAGUGGAAAAUUCUAGAUACCGAUGAGGAGUCUACAGGCAAAAGCAAAGUGGGAGCCCAGGAGGGAAUACAAGUUCUUGGAAGCUUGCCCGUCUCCAGCAGGGCUAGGACCAAAGGAAAAGAUGAAGACUCAGAUAAAAUCCUACGUCAGUUACUGGGGAAAGAAAUAUCAGAGAAUGUCUGCACCCAGGAAAAGCUGUCAUUGGAAUUCCAGGAUGCUCAGGUAUCCUCUAGGAAUUCGAAAAAAAUCCCACUAGAGAAGAGGGAACUGAAGCUAGCCAGACUGAGGCAGCUGAUGCAGAGAUCGUUGAGUGAAUCUGACACGGACUCAAACAACUCUGAAGACCCCAAAAAUACUCCUGUGAAAAGAGCAGACAGGCCGAGGCCACAGCCCAUUGUGGAAAGUGUGGAGAAUGUAGACAGCGCAGAAAGCUUACACCUGAUGAUAAAGAAACACUCUCUGGCAUCAGGUCGCAGGUUUCCUUUUGGUAUGAAGGCCUCCAAAUCCCUGGAUGGACACAGCCCAUCUCCCACCUCAGAGAGCAGUGAACCAGACUUGGACUCCCAUGGUCCAGGCCUGGGGAUGACUCCUCCAACCCAGCCUUCCACAGAAGCCACUCAGUCCAGUCCUGACAGUACCACUGCCCAGAAAGUUGCCACAAGCCCCAAGAGUGCCCUCAAGUCUCCGUCAUCCAAGCGCCGGACAUCCCAAAACUCAAAACUCAGAGUGACCUUUGAGGAGCCUGUCGUACAAAUGGAGCAAACUGGCCUUGAAAUAAAUGGAGAAAAAGACAAAGAUAGGGGCAGGGCCCCCCAGAGGACUAGUGAAUCUGGAGAACAAAUGAAAAGGCCUUUCGGAACCUUCCGAUCCAUCAUGGAGAGUUUAAGUGGUAAUCAGAACAACAAUAAUAACUACCAGCCAGCCAGCCAGCUGAAGACCUGCACACUACCCUUGACGUCACUUGGAAGGAAGACAGCAGAUGCCAAGGGGAAUCCUGUGAGCCCCGCGAGCAAAGGAAAGAAUAAGGCAGCGAUGUACGGCAGCUGUAUCCAUCUUCCCUCUAAUGCGCUGGUUGAAGAGCAUCUACGUGACUAUGCACGCAAACAUCCUAUUGUGUUUGUCCCUGAUAAAAUCCCCGUGACUACAGAGUGCCUGGGUUCCGACCAGUAUGGUGGAGAGAUUGCUUCUGGAGACAAAUUCGAAUGCGUUCAGCAUAAUGACAUCAAAAGAAAUGCAACGAAAACUUACCACGUGAAGCACACUGCUGAGCCAGAGCCGAAGGAACUCUUCUUAUAAAUUACCCUUACCAUGAGUCUCACACAUGCCCACCGGCCACCGUUGGAAGUUAAUGGACUGUCCACUGUGGCAAUCAGACCAUGAGAACAACACCUCACCAGCCGAGCAGAAUAUCUGGAUGCCUUAAAUUUAUAAUAUGAGACUUGUUAUAAGAUACAUUUUGGACCAUGUCUGUAGAUAGAACUUGUUUGUUUGGUUUUUUUUUAAUAUACUAUUUGAAAACAUGAUCUGGCAAUGUAUGCAUUGAAACAUUGGACACUUGGUUGAUUCAGUCUUCUCAAAGCACAUCUGCCAGGACCUGACACUGUUGGUGUUUUGUGAAUUGCAUGAGGAUUUGCUAAUGUUGAUAGAUAUUCACUUUCUCCAUCACAAGGGCAGCUGCGGCUCAGCUCAGUGAGGCCAGGUCACUGGUUUUAUUUUCUGUCCAGAGUGUUUUUCUGUCAUUUCUACUUUUUUAAUAAAGAAAAUUGAACAUUUUUAACAGCCAACUCUGGGCAUGGGGCAUCGACUUUCUAAUAAAUCU